CUUGUGAGAGUUGGAAGAAGAGUUUAUAUUAUCUAAAAAAUGAAGCUCCUACUCGUUGUUGCUUUUAUCGCUGUAGCUGUUACCGCGGGGCUCUCGAUUCCGCUGAAUGAAUUCGAAGAUUUAGUCGACUUUCAGGACUGGGAUGAAGCAGCAGUCGACGAGGACGCCGGUGUAAGACAGCGUAGAGUCACCUGCGAUCUCCUCAGUUUCGGCGGCGUCGUCGGCGAUUCAGCGUGCGCAGCCAACUGUUUGAGUAUGGGCAAAGCUGGAGGCAGUUGCAAUGGUGGCAUUUGCGAAUGUCGCAAGACCACUUUCAAGGAGCUCUGGGACCAGCGUUUUGGUUAGAGUCGAGUUGAAAAUCUCAGCCGCAUUACUUGUGUGAUGGAAAGUUUUAUUUGUACAUAGAUUUCACAAAAUGUAAAUACCGUAAAUUUGAAUAAAUUAUUGGAUUAUUUGUAAAGAA